AUGUUCUCCCUCACGUCAAGAGCCUACAGGCCGAUGCUAAAACCAAGUACAUUGAAGAUAGCAAGGCCGCUACGUUUGAUGCCAAAUUGGUCCAAAUUCAAACCAAUAGAACAACCAGCAGGAUUUAUCGUUGAAACUGUCAACGAAGCAUAUAAACCACCAGCACCAAAUGCUUACGAGGGUUCAAAUCAUUGGAUCUAUGAUAGGAUCAUAACCACAGCAAUGAUUCCGUUGGUGAUGACACCCUUUGUCGCUGGGGUGGAUUACCCGGUUAUUGACGCUACUUUCUCUACGUUGUUGUUGAUCCAUUGCCAUGCAGGUUUCAAAAGUUGUAUCAUAGAUUACAUACCGAAAAGAGUCUAUGGGGUAUGGUAUGGAGUUGCUUGUAAAUUGUUGACCUUGGGUACUUGUGUGUCCAUGUAUGGAAUCUACGUCUUGGAAACAGCCAACAAUGGACUAUUUGAAUUGAUAAGGAGUAUCUGGGCUGCCUAA